GGCUUGGCAUGCGGGCGUCGCGUCGCAGCGUUCAGCCAACGCGUUUCAGUGCUCGGCGAGCGGAACGCAGUCGCAGCAACACAUAUUGAUCAUUCGGACGUUUCUGGGCUCGGCAGCGACGCGUGCGCUGGAAACAACGCCUGCAGCACCAAGGGCUUGCAGGCGUUUUGCACCAAUCGCCGCGAAGCGCGCGGUCCGAGCACGCUCACCGCCGCGAGACGCGGCCGCUGCAAACAAUGAUCGCGUCGACGAGCGCCGCCGCCUGGGCGUUACUCCUCGUCAGCCUUUGUUAUUGCGCCUACCGCCUCGUCCACUACCAGAACAGAGAUAAACCGUUAGGACGAAGGGAGUCCGUACCUUUAUCACAAUUGGAGCACGCUUCUUUGAGAACAGUGGACACGGUCCACGCCCUCGCCGAGGAGCUGCCGGCCGUCGCCAUCGACCAGGUGGUGCAAAAGGCGCAAAUCCACGGCGACCAGCUCAAGCUGGGCGAGGCCUGCGGCGCGACGGCCGCAACCAAAGAAGGGCAGCUCGCGAAGCGCAGCACGAAGGGCCAGUGGCAAACUCGAUACGUGGCUCUGUCGUCAACUCAUUUGGUGUAUGCGGCCUCGAAGAAGCAAAGGAAGCGGACGCGCUUCGCCUUACCCUUGGAGAACGUCACGUCCGUCGCCGCGUGGCACGAUGCUGAUAGUUUCGUCGUCACAUCCGCAAGGGGAAAUGAAUUGACGCUCCGAGCGUCUUCCGUAACAAUAGCUGAUGACUGGAUGGCCGCCAUCAGAGGAGCUGUGGAAAAGCGACGAAGGGACCGGCACGAGGUACUGAGCGAGGAGGACUAUCUAGAUGCGUCGGAACGGGCGAAGGUCGAGGCUUUACGGGUAAGGUGCAAGGACGACCCUUCAUUGCAGAGGGACCACUUGUUGGAAGAUGCGAAUCUCGUACGAUUCGUAAGAGCGAGAGAUGGGAAUGUGAAUAAAGCGGAGAAGAUGCUCAGGGACCACGGGCAGUGGCGCGACGAGUAUGGGUUUGGAGAGUUAUUGGCUGCUGGGAAGACGCCGGAGGACGCCUUUAUAGAGAGAUGGUGGCCGGAUGGGUUGUUGGAGGGUUCGGACUUGAAGGGCAGACCAGUACAACUCAUACGACUAGGCAAGGCCGACUUACCAGGAAUAGAAAGAGAAGUAGGAAGAAAAAAAUGGAUCGAGUACUGCUGCCUGAAGAACGAGGCCCUGUUCGAAGAAAUAAGAAGGCGCUGCCUCGCACAGAACACCUUCGAGACCUCCGCACCGCUCAUCAUGGACAUGAGAGAUUUAGGUACGCACCACGCCUGGGGCGUGCCGUUGUUUAAGGCGAUGCUCGACGUGACCGAGCCGAACUUCCCGGAACGACUGAGCGCGACGUACAUCGUGAACGCGCCGGCGGUCUUCUCCUGGUUGUACGGCAUGGUCAAGGGUUUUUUGAAUCCGGGCACGGCGGCGAAGGUGCAAGUUUUUGGGGCGUCCGACGAUCACCUGAAGGCGCUGCUCGAGGUCAUGCCCCUGGCGACGAUACCCGUUGAUUUGGGCGGGGAGGCGCCGUUGCCGAAGAACGUGUCCGUGGGCGGCACGGUGCGCGCGCGGCGUCCUUCUACCAUGGGUGGCGUCGCGGCGAUGGCGUGCGGGGAUAGAAAUAUACCGUCACACAGGUUCCGAAGGGAGCGUUAGCGGACCUCCGGGGCACGCCCGGCGAGCCCGCCGUCGCCGUCGACCGGGCCGUCGCGGAGCCUGAACCCGAGACCUGGGGCGCCUACGACACGCGGGUGGCCGAGGGCGAAACGUAAGUCACAAUACUUUCA